AUAUUUGUGGGGGCUAAUAGUUAACGGUCGCACGGAUUCGUAUGGGAGAGGAAGCCAGGGCAAGGAUUUAGUUCAGAUUGUGUUUACUUCUCGACUUUGCCAGGGAUCGAGGUUACACAGAAAUGUCGGAGGAAAUUGAGGGGACAAAGACGACGGAGGUGAAUGACCAGAAUGAGAUGGACGACAAGGUGAUCAGUCCAGAGAAGGUUGAGGAGGCCAAGUUGAAGGCUCGCUACCCAAACCUGGGGCACACCUGGAGAGUCUGUAACAGGAGGGAGGAGGGCCCAGACUGGGGAGACAGAGAUUUUGAAAUGGUUUACUAUUCCCUAUGCAGUACACUAUUAUCAAUCAGAGCCCUAUGUGGCUGCCCUAUGAGCAUCUGGCCCAAAACGGUUCCACUACAUAGGGCAUAGUGAUCCAUUUGGGACAGGCAGACGGUCUAGAGGGUUGAAUGUCAUCUCCAGUCCUGUUAACUGAUUGUGUAAAUAUUUCUAGUUGUGUUGGAGAGGAGUGAGGCUGAAAUCAGCCUUUUAGAAUGUUUUAACGUAGAAUAUUAUGAUUUACCAAACACAUUGUUGGUGUUAUGUUGUCAUCUAAAUGAUGCUGUAAUGUGAUUGAAUAGAACCUUGAUAAUGACUGAC